AUGAUUUCACGUAUUGGUUUAUUAAAUAAACAAUCAAUAAAUUUAAUUACAAAAAAUUCUUAUUCAAUAACAAAAUCAUCAUCAUCAAUACAAAUAUUAAAAAAUUCAAGAUCAAUUACAUCAAUAUUAUUAAAUAAUAAAAGAUUUUCUUCAUCAAUUCCAACAGUAUCAACAACUCAUGAUCAAGAACAAGAUGUAUUAGUAGCACAAAGAAAAAAUAGACCAACUUCACCACAUUUACAAAUUUAUCAACCUCAAUUAACUUGGAUUAUGUCAAGUUUUCAUAGAAUUACUGGUAUUGCAUUAGCUGGAAUGUUUUAUACAUUAACUUGUACAUUUGCUGCUACUUCAAUAUUAAAUAUUCCAUUUGAUACAAAUACUUUAGUUUCUGCUUUUGCAAGUUUACCUAUUUUUUUACAAUAUAGUAUAAAAGCUAUUGGUGCUUUCCCAUUUGUUUAUCAUGGUGCUAAUGGUAUAAGACAUAUUUUAUGGGAUUUUGGUAAAGAAUUAACUUUAAAGGGAGUUUAUAGAACUGGUUAUGCUGUUUUAGCUGUAACUGCUUUAAUUGGUACUUAUUUAACAUUUAUUUAA